UCGUGGUGGAUCCCCUUUACUCGGCAGUUUCUCAUGGAGAGACCAGAGACGAGCACGAGCACGAGCACGAGCACUGAGGUAUAUUCCAGCACAGAGUGUAGUUUGUAGUUUAAGUAUAAACGUACUAACUCUAAAAUGGACGUGAUGGACGAAGGACCCAAAUACGGACAGCCCAAAAAAUAUGACCCCACUUUCACAGGGCCUAUCCACAACAGAGGAUGUACAGACAUUAUUUGCUGCAUCUUCUUCCUGGUGGCCAUCGUGGGGUACCUCGCAGUGGGAAUUGUGGCCUGGUCUCAUGGAGAUCCACGGAAGGUGAUCUACCCUACAGACAGCACGGGGCAGUUCUGUGGACAGGGAAAUCUGGAGAAGAAGCCCCUGUUGUUUUACUUUAACAUCAUGAAGUGUGCCAGCCCCAUGGUCCUGCUGGAGUUCCAGUGUCCCACCCCACAGGUGUGUGUAGAGAAAUGCCCGGAUCGUACAAUGACUCUGUUUACCGCCAACAAAAAUCCACUGGAAUGGACGUAUUACAAAGGUUUUUGCAGAGAAGACCCAGGGACGAAGACUGUGCCAGACAUUUUGAAACAAAAACUGUGCCCGUCUGUCCUGGUUUCCAGCAAAGCAUUUUUGCAACGCUGCUUUCCAUCUCUGGGCAAAAAGGGGGAAGUCAUCACAGUGGGUGAUAAAGAGACGUUUGAUGACGGAGAGGGAAACCAGAGAAAUGCCAAAGACCUUGUUGCCGGAGUGAAGAAUGCCACGAUAGUCAUGGAGGGUCGACAAGUUGCAAUGAAGAUCUUUGAAGAUUACACAAGGUCUUGGUACUGGAUCCUAAUUUGUUUGUUGAUAGCUGUGGUAGUGAGUCUGAUCUUCAUCGUUCUUCUGCGUUUUCUGGCUGGAAUCAUGGUCUGGGUCAUGAUCCUCAUGGUCAUUGUUGUCAUUGCAUACGGUAUCGGUCACUGCAGUUAUAAGUAUAUCACUCUGAAGGACACAUCUGGUGCUAAUGUCACCCUGCAGCAGCUGGGAUUUCAACCCGACUUCACUGUGUACCUGCACAUCAGACAGACCUGGCUUGCCUUCAUCAUCAUUCUUGCUAUCGUGGAGCUGAUCAUCAUCCUGGUCCUCAUCUUCCUCAGGAACAGAAUCCGUAUCGCUGUCGAGCUCAUGAAAGAAGCCAGCAGAGCCAUCGGUUAUGUGAUGUCAUCACUCUUCUACCCUAUUUUUACAUUCCUCCUCCUGACCGUGGUCAUCGCUUACUGGGGCAUCACUGCCGUCUUUCUCUCCACAUCCAGUGAACCGGUUUAUAAAGUCUUCAAUGAAACCGUGUGUUCCCAUUCCAGAUUAACGUGCAACCCUGAGAACUUCACCCUGUCUGAGAUAAAGAGAGACUGUCCACGCUCCGAGUGUCUCUUUGCUUUCUAUGGUGGGGAGACGCCGUACCACAAGUACCUGAUCCUCUUUCAGUUCUACAACGUCUUCCUGUUCUUCUGGUGUGCCAACUUCGUCACUGCCCUGGGUCAGAUGACUCUGGCAGGUGCUUUUGCCUCCUACUACUGGGCUUUAAAUAAAUCUAAAGACAUGCCCACCUUCCCUCUCUGUGCCUCUCUGGGAAGAUCCCUUAGGUAUCACACGGGUUCUCUAGCGUUUGGCUCUCUCAUCCUCGCCAUUAUCCAGAUUAUCAGGGUUCUGCUGGAGUAUGUCGAUCACAAACUCAAGGGAGCCGAGAAUAAAUUUGCCAAAUUCUUGAUGUGCUGUCUGAAAUGCUGUUUCUGGUGCCUGGAGAAGUUCAUCAAGUUCCUGAACAGGAAUGCCUACAUUAUGGUGGCCAUUCACGGGAAAAACUUCUGCAGUUCUGCCCGGGAUGCUUUCUUCCUCUUGAUGAGAAAUGUCAUCAGGGUGGUAGUCGUGGAUAAGGUGACAGAUUUCAUCCUGUUUCUUGGAAAACUCCUCAUCGUGGGUCUUGUGGGUAUCUUCGCGUUCUUCUUUUUCUCAGGACACACAGAUGCUUUUAAGGGCGCAGCACCCAGUCUCCAUUACUACUGGGUUCCUAUUUUGACGGUGUUGGUGGGUUCAUAUCUUAUUGCUCAUGGAUUCUUCAGCGUUUACGCUAUGUGCGUGGACACACUCUUCCUCUGCUUCUGUGAAGACCUCGAGCGUAACGACGGCUCCGCGGAACGCCCGUAUUACAUGACCGCUACUCUCCGCGAGAUUCUGACCAAGGACCUGGAUGACCCGGCGGCUCGAACCCCUGCCUCACGCGAGGAGACCAUGCAGCUGACAGCCCCGUACAAAACAGAACAGUGACUUUCGCAAGCAGUAAUGGAAGUAUAAUCUCAAUUUUAUGUCGAAGACAAAAUACACGCAAGACCCAUUGCUAUUUAGCAAGCAAUCGCAGAUAAGUGAAAGUUUGAAAUGAUUGGUAAAUGUGUUCAAAAGAACGGAAAAGAAUAAAGAUGGAUUCACCUAUUUCACAAUAUGGCGAUAGAGACCGGAAGUAGGGAAGAACUUUCAUUCGUUCAGCUUGUUUUCUCACAGGCAUUCGUUUUAUUUACCAAAGCACGGUAGCAUAUGUUGUCCGAUUUGUUCAUGGUUUACUGGGAGAUGUAAAAAUAGGGAAAACAAACAUUACAAAAACUGUUUUUUGAGCGAUUUACUUAUUAUCAAGGUCUGAUACAUGUUAGACAAAUUAGCAUAAAGCAUGGCUCGACAUUAACGCUUGUCCCCGACAAGUGAAUGUUUUGUAUGGGCAAGUGAGAGAUAACUUUACUUUCCCGACUAAGUAACUUGAUAAAAAAAUAACAACAGUGCGACAUAUAUGUAGAAUAAUAAGAAUAUGUGCAUUAGACAGAGCAGCGUGUUUGUGUGAAAUGCGUUUGUCGUGGUGGUGCUUGUUGUGUGUGACAAUAAUCAAUGGCGCAUCGCACUAAGUCCAUGUAACUGCAUGCGGACGUGGAAUCCUGUUAUUUAAAUGUCAUCUGGCUGUUCUGAGUGAAUUAUGUGCACAGUUUAACAUACAACACGAGUGAUGGUCGAGUAUUUUAUCUGCAUCUGCACUGUAUGAGGAUGUGAACACAUGAACUUCAUCUCCAGUCAGAGUUGCUCUGAGAGUUUACUUUACGAGCGUUUUACUGUUUGAGUGAAGCUAUCGGCAAACAAGCGUCUUCCCGAAGACCCGUCAAAAUAAAAGUCCCGUUAAAUUGAACACAAAAAAUACGGUGGUGUACUAUAGUAUUUGCUUUUGAAAAUUGUAGUGCCCUUGUAGUGAAUUGAUAAACACUGUAUACUAUAGUAAAGUUCAAAAACACUAUAGUAUCUAAGAAUUUUACUGCAGUUUACUAUAGUAUACUACAGUAAUUUAUGUGGACAAAUAUACCACUAUUGUAUAGUUAAAAAGGAAAAAUACACAACUGAGAAAUAUUCAAACAAAUAUAGGUAAUCUAAAAAUUAUAUGGCCGUAAUUUAUUCAUCUGUAUGUAACAUUAAUAUGUAACAGCACUUGCAUUUUUUUUUUAAUGAUGACAACAGACGAUGUAUACUUGUGCUCCUACAGUUUGGUCUGUGCUACCAAACUUUAAAUCUCUGUAGCACCAGUGCUAGGUGCAAAAAAAGUUAACCUACAGCAUUAGCACUAAUAAUAAUUACUGCUUGCCUUUGUUUUAUAGCAGUCACGGAGAGUAGGCCUAUAACCAAAUUCAGGUGGCCAAAGCGUACACUAGUUAAAAUGCUUAGAAGCAAACUUGACCAAUCUAGAUCCGGAACAAUUAUAUUGAUUAUAUUAUAUUAUAAUUCAAAUGAAAUAUCUUUUUUUAUCGUUGGACAAGUAAUUUUUAAAAAGUGAAUGACAAGUUUACUUGUCCGAAGGACAACCACAUGACAAUGCUUAAUGUCAAGCCCUGCAUAAAGGGAGCGCUACAUUCCGAACUUCUUCUGGUCUCCGCAACUGUAAAGUGAAGUGCACGGAGCUAGAGCAUCGACUGGACAAGCGUUUACACUACUUCCGGUUUGUACACGUCAUGCUGUGAAAUAGGUCUAUUCUGUCAGUUUACUCGCCGACAUGUUAUUCACUUUUUUUUGUUUUGCUCAGAAUCUUCCACAAACGAGGACGAAAUAUUGGGAAUAAAAAAGCUUUGCUAAUGUGUUUGCAGAGAACAGUUGUUUCAAAAAUAUCCUGCAUUUUCACUUGUUUAUCAGUUGAACAGCACAACUUUGAAAUGUCUCUAAAAUAAAGUCUAUUUCUUUUAGGGGUAUCACAAUAUACAGACAAUAAUUUUGAUAUUAGUAACCAUGAUUAUUGAUAUUGUGUAAGCCAUAUCUCUUAACGCACUUUAAAAGUUUUGUGUCAGUCGUUGAAUCUUGGUAGCAAUGCACAACUAGUUUAAAAACAAAACAAAAACCAUAUUGCCUUGAGGUUUAUGUAAUAAUCUUCUACAACUUUCUAUAACCACCAUGUUUAACCUGACUGUCUAAUUUUGCUGUUCUUGACUCUUGGGCUAUUUUCUAUUUUGUAAUCUUUACUUAAUACUGUAAGUAGUAUUCUGUGCAAUAAACAAUGUGCAAGACGCUUGGGUCAAUCUGCAUUAUCUGUUGAAUUCAAGUCAUCUCUUUGUUUGCUGUUUUCCAGUGUGCUAAUUUCAUCUACUCCAUGAUACUUUAACCUGUUUUGUGUGUUCCUCACAACUUUUCUCACAUUUCCAUUU